ACAUAAUUAAUGGACAGCCCCUUAAUCAAUCUAAACCCUGCGAAAUGAAUGAUACACUUUCAUCAUUGGCGUCGCAACGAACGUAUAACUCGACUGAUCGUCAUCAUCAAGUUGUUGUGUUUUGAUGAAUGAAUGGAAAUGAACGAAACGCGCGCCGUUUUGAAGUAGAAACUAUGUUUCUCCCAGAACGGAGAAACCAGACGAUCAGUCUAUGUUGAUCAGUUGUAGCGUUCGUUCAACUCACUUCGUGCGUGCCAUCUCGUACAGAGAUUAUAAAAUAUCAAUCUUGGAAUUGGUUUGGAUUGUGUUUAACUUUUGCUUCAGUUUUUUGUUUCUUUUUGGUUUUUGCUUGGAAGAUUUGACCAUGUCCAAACCGGUGCUGUAUUACGACGACAUCAGCCCGCCAGUUCGCGGAGUGCUUCUCACCGUGGCCGCCUUGGGAAUCAAAGACCAAGUCGAACUCAAACUGGUUCGCCUCUUCGAGAGAGAACAUCUUUUGGAAGAUUUUGUUAAACUGAAUCCUCUGCACGCGGUACCUGUGCUGAAACACGACGAUCUGGUCCUGACCGAUAGUCAUGCAAUUAUCAUGUAUUUGUGCGACAUCUUCGGACAAGAUGGUGAUUUUUCGUUGAAAGAUCCUAAACAGCGAGCCCGCGUCCACAAUCGAUUGUGUUUCAACAAUGCCGUUCUGUUCCAAAGAGAGUCGAUCGUAAUGCGAGGCUUGAUCAACAGAUCGAUAGUGACACUCGAAGACCAUCACUUAAAACCCGUUCAGGAAGCGUACGACUGUUUGGAAGUUUAUCUGACGAAUUCGAAGUUUGUUGCUUGUGAUCAACUUACAGUUGCAGAUUUCCCAAUCGUGGCAUGCAUGAGCACAGUUGGAAUGGUCUGUCCGCUAUCAACCAGUCGAUGGCCUAAGACUGCCGCGUGGUUUGAAACCAUGAAACAGUUACCCUACUAUCAACAGGCAAACCAGGUUGGGGUAGACAAGCUCAAAGAGAGACUUCAUGCUGUAAUGAAAAAAUAGUUUGUCAGAAGUGAAAUUGUAGUUCAAUGUUUGGGUAAACUUAAAAACAAUAAAAAUUUAAAAUCUCCACGCUUUUGGCU